UUUUUUUGCAAAUUUCUAAAUUGCUAUAAAGAUAACGUAAAACUGUGAUAAUAUUUUUUGGGCGUGAUCAUUCGAAAAUUUAUUCAACAAUUAUGGAUCAGGAAGAAAAACGACAAGUCCCUUCGUUUUUGAAAAAGAUUUUAGAUCUUGAUGUUUAUUUAACAAAGGUUUUUGUAAAUACAUUUGAAAAAUAUGUAUUGAUAAAGCAGCUCCAAACACAUUAUAAAGCAUUAGAGAUAUCAUGCCAUGGAAUUCCUUGGAUUGCUUUGACAUUAGCUUCUAUAUGGAUUUUUCAUCUUACAUCUCUUUAUCAACUACAAGUUAAUCUUUUUAUAGGUUUCUUAAUUGAUAUAUUGUUAGUUACAAUAUUGAAAGCAUUAACAAGAAGAAGACGUCCAGCGGUUAAUGACGAUCCAUUUUCGAUAGGGCCUGACAAAUAUUCUUUUCCAUCUGGUCAUGCUUCUCGUUGUACUUUUAUUGUCUACUAUUUUUUGUAUUUGUGGCCAAUAUCUGUCAUUUUUGCACCAUCAUUAUUAGUUUGGUGUACUUGCGUAUGUUUGUCUAGACUUUUAAUGAGACGACAUAAUAUACUUGAUGUUCUUGUUGGAAUAGUUUUAGGCAUUCUUGAGGGAAUGUUUAUUGGUUAUUUAUAUUUAAGUCAAGAUACAUGUAUAAAUUUAGUAACUUGGAUUACAAACGAAAAAAUAGAUGAUGUAUAAAUUGAUUGAUAUUUAAAUA